AUAUUUCUCAUGCUGCUUUGCCAAACAUAUCUUGAUUGUAUAUCUUUAAGAUACACCUUCAACGCCGAGCCCUACAUCCAAAGGAUACCGACUGCCUUUUCGCGCCAAACUGAAACGAGGCAAUCGUCCAUUGGCCUAAAACAACUUUAACCGUCUUCUUGGAGAUGCCACAAAGAACGAAGUGUUGAGCUUAGAGUCGAUUUUCCUUGCAAAAUGAAUUGAAUUGGGAUGUCACGUUUUUGAUAGUUUAAGUUCGUGGAUACAUAAUGGCUUCAUUUCAGCCCAAUUUAUUGGCUCAAUAUGAUGAACAUUUCAAAGCAAGACUCUUAAAUGACUAUUGUCCAUUAUUCUGGCACAAUUUUCCUGAAUGGGAUAAUCAAGCACUAAGCACAGUCAGCCAUAAAGUCUUACAAGUCUUCCAAACAUUCCAUGCAAAUAUUCUUAUUCAUGCAGCUGAUGGAGUUUCGGAAAGGCGGGAUCUGGCAUUGGCAAGAGCAGCGCUGCUUCUUAAUGAGACCAAGGAUUCAAGGCAGUUUAUCAUUAAUUAUUUCAUCGCAGCUUUUAAAUGUUACAAGUCAACAUCAGCUAAAGAUCAACAAGGACUCGAUACUGACAACGAAUCAGAAGAUUGCGAUGCUUGCUCGAGAGAAAGUAUUCUUUGCUGCUGUGAUGAGAUAGUCUCGAACUUUCAAGAUUUGUGCUCUUGCUUACGUGCGCUUGGGCUACUGGAACACAUAGCUAGCACAUCUUUGGCAGCUGUCAUUUACAGCCAGAUGAAAGAGUACCUGGAAGGCCUUUGCAAAGAUGAGUUUCAUAAGCACUUUUUGGUAGAAGCAAUGCAGUGGGUGGAAGAUCAGAUAAUCUCUUGGUUGAGACUUGUCAUUGGUGAUAUAAAUGAUCAAGGAGACAGUCUGGAAAGCGAUCUUUUGUCAGUGGAGUCAUGGCGUCCAAAGCUUGAAUAUUUCCUUUGCAAAGUCUACGCUGAACUAAGAAUUGCUCAAUUAUUUGAAAUCAUUGUCGAGUUUCCAGAAUCGCUCCCGUCUAUCGAAGAUUUGAGGGAAUGCCUAGAAAAGACUGAAUCACGAAGCCUUUUGACGAAAUCUUUAAAAGAAGCCUUCAGAAACAGACUGCUACAGGCUGCUGUAAAUACUGUCGAUAUUUUGACACAGUAUAUAUCCACCAUACGGGCAUUGCGUGCCCUUGAGCCGAGUGGAGUUAUUCUCGAAAACGUUUGUGAGCCACUUAGAGAGUACCUCAGAACCCGAGAAGACACUAUCAGAUGUAUCAUAAUGAGCCUUACCGAUCAGGAUAGCGGAACAGACCUUGCCGAGGAGUUGAUUGCUAGUGAGCCGGUUCCUAUCGAUGUUGUUGACGAUGCCGAUUCCGACUCUGACGGCGAGGACUGGAUGCCAGAGCCUGUUGAUGCAGAUAUUGGGAUGUCCUCUAAAAGCCAGCGGACAUCGGACAUCAUAAGUAUGCUUGUGAAUAUUUAUGGCAGCAAAGAUCUUUUUGUCUCAGAGUAUCGAGCCUUACUUGCUGACAGAAUUUUCUCCAGCUAUUCCUACGAUGUUACAAACGAAAGGCGUUAUCUUGAGUUGCUGAAGCGUAGAUUUGGCGAGGUCUAUCUCCAUUUCUGUGAUAUUAUGCUAAAAGACGUACAGGAUUCGCAAAGAAUGAAUCGCCAUAUAAAGGACCAGUUAGCAAAGAAAGAUGACGAGACUGUGUCUGAUGUUGAUUUUGAUGCAUUUAUUCUAUCAAGCGUGUACUGGCCGGUAUUCAAAGAAGAUCAAGUAACUGCUCCUCCAGAAAUUGAAAGUGUGAUGAAAUCUUAUACAAAAGAAUUUGAAACCCUGAAAGGAAUGCGCACAUUACAAUGGGUGGGGCACCUUGGAGAAGUUGAACUUGACAUAGAGUUAGAAGAUGGGACAAAGUCUUUUAAAGUGAACCCUGGACAAGCAACGAUAAUAAUGCUAUUUCAAGACAAAGAAACGUUGACUACCUCGGAAAUUUGUUCCGAACUGCAAAUAAGCACGAGCGUCGCCAGAAGCAGGAUUUCCUACUGGUUAGGCCAGGGUGUUGUGUCUGAAGUAUCACCUGAUGUUUUCAACGUUUCAAAAUCAUGCACAUCAUCAGUUAAAGAAACUUCUUUCUACGAAGAAGAUGAUGAAUCUAUCACAGCUAGUGCUCAAAGUCAAAAAGACGAAGAAUUGCAGAUGUACUGGUCCUAUGUCGUUGGCAUGCUGACCAAUAUUGGCGCACUUUCAAUAGAAAGAAUACAUUCAAUGUUGAAGAUGUUCGCAGUAACAGGACCAACCGGGUCCCAAUGCACUUUGGAAGAUGUGAAGAAAUUUUUAGAAAGCAAGGUGAAAUCUGGGGAGCUUCUUUUAUCUGGUGGUUUAUACAAACUUGUCAAAAGCGAAUGACUCAGGCUUAUUUUGUUUCUUUCAGUAUCGACUAACGGCCUGGUACCUAAAGCUGCUCCGCUUAGGAAAUAGCUUGCAGAUUCAGAUAUUUAUAUACCCGGUUAUUAUAUCAUUGCAAUGCUCUUCGGAUGACCAAAUGAAACAAUGAAUGGCAUGGAGUCCUACUUCUACGUCCUGUUUUAUUACACGUUGUUUUUCAGUAAGCAAUCUUGCAGGGAAGAGAAGCAAAGAAUCAAGACUCUUGAAAUUAACAGCUUAAAAAAUCUGCUUAGCACUAUGGAAGAAUCUCGAUAAAUGUUGAUUUUAUUGCAAUGUUGCACUCUGUGGUCCUAAAUUAUAUGUACAUGGUAUUAUGUAAUGCUGAAUCUUUUAAGAUAUAUUUAGUUCCGGAAGAGGGCUUCAUGAAAAAAAGCUUCACGGCUGUCGUGCUGUCUCAUUGGCAGUUUCAAAAACUGUUCUGUUCCUGGUCAACUUGGUCGAGAUAGCAUUGAUUAUCUUAGUCUUAGUCAAGAUAACAAGAAAAGUUUAUUAUCUUAGUCUAGUUAACCUAGCCUCUUAUCUAGCCCCAAAAAGGGCAAAGUGCAUGUUAAAGAGGAGAGUUUUUUGUAGCCAAGGUCUUGAGUCAUUUUACUUCUUCAGCAGUUCCAUGAAAUAUAUCCUUCUGAUUUCUGUUUUGUUUGAGAUGGUCGCCAUGACACAAAACCAGUCGAAAACUGCCCCUUAAGGGUAAUGUCACAAUAGAUUUGAUAUCUUGAUGAUUGUCUUGAUUGCGCAUUUUUUGCUUUUAUUAUCCCUAGAUAAUCAUUAUUUAUCCUUCUCGAACUUUUGAAUGGUCCAUCCUUCCAUUCUUCUGCAAUGCUUGGAAGUCUUUUCUUUCAAUUGCCUCUAGAGGGAUUCUUUCAGUAUUCAAAGUGAACAGGAUAGUGCUGCGAUUCGAGUUCUUCUCAAAUCUAUCUCCAAUCCAACCUAAAUAGCUUGUGGUCGCUGUACGUCGAGGCCCAUUUGAAAACAAGCGCUCCGUAUGUAUGCUCUUUCAUUUGGUUUUCAUCUAGAAAAGAUAUUAUGGUGUUAAAAGCAUGAUUGUUUGUUACAUUCUUAGAUCAUUCCUUAAACCGAAUGCUAUAUCUAUCCUGUAUAUAUAUCCUGUAUCGUUGUUCAUCAUAUGGUAUUGUUCCAGACUCAUGGGGUCAUAUCGGUAUAGGGAGAGCCAUAUCGGCUUGGGCAAGAACAAUGAAUUUGAGGCUUUUAUAACGGUUACAAACGCACCGAAGUCGCUCUUCUAAUUUCUGGUGGGCCUAGAGUUGCUGGUUUGAAUUUUUGUAAUCCAAAUUCCACAAAUCUAGAUUUGUAAAAGCUUGUUUGACUUUCAAAAUAUGAUUUGGACAAAGCCAAAAAUUUGGCUUAUUUAGAUUUAUGUGAAUAAUUCUCAAAAUUGGCCGAAUAUUUAAAUUUUUUAAGCAGCUGUUUCGUUUGUUUUUCCUCUGUUUUAAUUGGCUCUAGUGAAGCACCUUUUGUCGAUCAUUUCUUUUGAGACUUUUGGGUUUUCUUUGUAAAGUAAAACAAAGAAAGUGAAGUGUCAAAGAAUAUUCAAUCAGAGGGUGUUCUUUAUUCCAGAUUGAAUCGCUUGUCAUAGUACCAUAAGAUCAAUUGCAUAUUUGUGCAUAUCGUUUGGAUUUAAAAGGCAAAAGACGAUAGACCUUACAAUUUCUGUUAGCAAAAAUAAUUGUUAAAUAGGCUUUUAAAAGCUUAUUCUUAAAAUCUACUUGCUGAAAGAAAGUUGUCCGUGAUAUUUGUAUGUUGUCCGUGAAGCAGCUCGGCUGCCGUGGUCUCUUCAUUUCAUUGCAAUUUGUUCGGCUUCUGUCAUGGCCUGCGCGCGCUGCAAAAAUACAUUGAAGUUGUGUCAAUCAACAAAAGGCAGCAACAACGCCAAACGGCAAGGAGCAAUAGAGUUCUAAAGUGAUGACGUCACAAAAAUCUAUUUUUAGAAUUUUUUAAUUUGGAUCCCAUAACCUGAAAGGGCAUCAUGAAAUACCUCUAAAUGUGCAAAAACAGGCAAGUGUGUUGCGAAUUGGCAGAGAUAUGGCCACAUGUUUAUUGGUUCUCUCCUCAUCAAACCUCUGUAUUUUGGUCUCUGUUCAUAACUUUAUGAACAGAGCCAAAAUAACAGUGAUUCGUUAGCAAACUUCAAAUCUCUCAUUAGCCAUAUCUCAACUGAUUUCAGACGUAUUUGGCCAAUUUUGCAUACUUGAAAGUAUUUCAUGGUGAUCUUUUACGCUAUGUGGUUAAAAUUCAAAAAUUCUAAAAAUAGGUUCUUGAUGACGUCACACUUAAAAACUCUGUUCAGUGUAGUCAAUAGAAAGUCAAAUCAUAGUCAAUAGAAAAACUCAGAGAAAACCAGAGUUUUUUCUAUUGACUAUGGUGAAAUAGUGGGAUAUAAUAAACCAAAGGUUUCAAAAGAUUAUCUAAUUCACCGGGAGAGGCGGGCAGGCUUUUCGCUUGCCUUUUCUUAAAACAAUUUGCAAUGGAGGCUGGCAACUUCAGGGGUCAUAUUGGUCCAAUCGGAGUCAUUUCGGCCUGGGAGUCAUAUUGGUCUGGAGGGUUUUAUUGGUCCGGAACAGUAUCAUUGCAGUACAUUCCUAAAAUAGCUGCUUUUGCUACGUUGAGGUAGGAUGCAAACAUGCAAACAUCUGUCAACAUGUGUCUUUUAUAUUGAAGAAUAAUUGUCUCGUUGUGUUUCUGUAACUGGGGUGUAAAUUUUUAUCUGGAGUUAACGAUACUAAAACUAAUGCACGGUAAAUUAUAGGAACUUCAAAGUGGCCCAUUUCCGCCUAUCUACGCUUUGUUUUGUAAGAACAGUGAGUCGAAUCAAAUUACUUCUGAAAAUAUUGCACUAGACCUGACCAAUAGACCUGACCGAAUAUCUUGGUGAUUAUUUUCAUAAUUUCUAUAAUUUUGAUUUUUCUUUUAUUUCAUGAUUUUUGCGAUUAAAUGAUUAUGGCUGCUUUUAACUGAAGUUCAAGAGGUGCUGCAAGGAUAUCGACUUUGAUUUUUAACUUUUUCUCUAGAUUUAAUUAUUGUAAGAACUUUUUAAACUAUAUUGUUGUAACAUUUAUAUCGUAGGUACAUUAGUUUCACAGGUUGAUAGCAGCAAACUCGUUUUUGCUGAACAAGUUUAUCUGUAUAAAUAUGGUCUUGUUAUUAUUAUUAUUAUUAUAAUUUUACUUCCAACAAACUUCACAUUAUUGAGUCUACUUCCAACAAACUUCACAAAGCAUGUAUGGAAUCGUGAUAAUAACCCUUCUUGCCCCUUUUGCCAUCAGCACACGGAAAGUGUCGCACAUCUGAUGAAUGGAUGUAGAGAGUUUCACAACUUUUAUAGUCGACGUCACAAUCGAAUUGCUGACAAAAUAUUUGAGGUGAUCUCAGGAAGUAUAAGUGGUUUCCAGUUUCAUGCAAACAAACUUGCAGAAUCAAUAAUAACGGAAUAUGGCGAUGAAAUACAGUGUAUUACGCAUCGUAAACCUGACAUCAUUAUCAUUGACAAUCAGUCACGUAAAUGCAUUAUCUUAGAGGUGACUGUCUGCUACGAUCUGUAUUUUGAGCAAGCACUGAACACCAAAGAGAAACGGUAUCAGCCGCUAUGCAGUCUGCUGCAGUCGUUAGGUUGGGAGGUGGAUCUGAAAGUGCUUUGCUUUGGCUCUCUUGGUUGCAUAAAAAAGGAUGUUUGGACUGUUAUGAGAUCAUUGUCAGUAGAUAAGUUGAUUGUAAAGAGCACAUUACAGUGGUGCUCGAUAUCAAAUUUGAUAAUGGCCAACUAUAUAUGGAGACACCGGGUUAAGAAGUUGUUCAUGUGAAUCUAUUUUCUCUCUUGGCCCUUGCGUAUGAUCAGAUACAAUAAGUUCUAUAUUACAUUUUCACAUUGGAUGAUUUCUAAAUCUUGUGUCUCACAGUUUAUAUGAAGUUAUUAUGUAUGUAGUGGAUAACACAAGCCUAGUAAACAUACCUUUCAUGUUAACUGAGCUUUUAGCUCGGACACUAGGGCAAAUACGAAUAUUAUUAUUUUUGGUUACAUCGUUCAAAUUAGCCAAUCAGUGAACGUGAUUCAUGUCACGCGUAUUGAUUGGCUAAUAUUGGUUGACAGAUGGCUUAAGACACGUGACUUUGUCGGUUGUUUUUAACAAUUUGGUUAAUCUUUCUACCCAGCGGGCUAUUUUGAGGCCAUCUUCACAGAUUUAUCCUGCAUACAUUGAAAAGUAGGACACAAUAAAAUCUUGAUUAUUUUUUGUUACUUUUUUAGGUUUCCUUGUACACGAUUUUUGUUUUAUAAAAAUAUAGAUCAGCACUCAGUGCUAUCGGGAAGCAUUUACUGGCAAACCCAGAUUGUGCAAAAAACUAUAAUGGCGACAUGUUUCGGAUUAUUGGUAAAGCCCGAUCGUCAUUCCAUCUAGCAGUUUUAGAAUCUAUCUACAUAAGCACGAAAAAACCUUUACUGUGUAGACAAAAGGAGUUCGUUUUCACCUUAAGACUCCAUUGGUAGCAUUCUCAAUAGGCAAGCGGCACUUAUUGGUCAACCUAUACAGUUAUGUGCUCGUGUUUUCUGAUUGGUCUAUUUCGAUCCACAACUGGGUAUAUAUAUUUCCUAGCGUAGAGUUUUCGGUCUAUGUUCUGACGUUUUAAACUCUGAAGAGUGUCAGACCAAAAGCUUUAGUUUACUAAAUGUUUGCUUUUUUCAAAGCCAUUUUCACUAAGUACUUAAAGUUUCUUAAUUUGCAAUCCAUAUUUUGGCGUUUUAGUACUAAAAGUUUAUUAGUUUGUUUCUUAUUUCAGGGCCUAAAAUUGCUUUAUUGUUUUGAAGUUGAUCAUUUUCGGAAGAAUAAAAACGCAGAUCGUCACCAAAAACUCAUGCAGAUGAAAACCCAAUUUAUGCUAUCUUUUUCAAAGAAAAUCAACAAAAUGAAAGCUUUUGGACUCUUUUAAAAAUGGAAAUUUUUCAGUUUUUUAAUUUCUUUUUAGUCUAGCAAUACAGUUUCUUAAAUUUUUGUCUAAUUUUCUUAAAUGUCCAAGAUUUGCCUGUAAAGACCAAUAAUUCUAAAGAUCUACCAAAUUGCUAAAGCCUAUAAUUUUUGGCUGUUUUUAUACUCGAAGUUAAAUGGUAGGUUGCAUUUUGGAUAUGUAAUAGGAUCGGUAGGGUGGCGGAAUUGAUUUUUAAGUCGAUAGCAUCUUUGUGCCAUGAAUAAUUCAAGGCCAUCUUUUCACUUGAAGAUCAUUUUUUGCAUAAUCAAGAAUUAUCGCUGCGAAUUUUUCGUGUCACACCUCUUCAUCAGACCAUUAUCUCCGAUUCACACUGACCUAACUGCAUUUGAGUCGUGUCUUUUGGUAAUUGCAAUCGCUGGCUUGUCGGCUGGCUUUACCAUUCAUUUAGGCUGGUGUCGUUUUUUCUUACAACUUGCCUCACAAUAGCGGUUCCGUUUUGUUGGCCAACGGCACCGUUUAAAAUCUCAUUUCUGUGUUGUGCACUUGCAACGUUUGCCUGAUGUUGAAAUCAGUUUUACUUCAGGCCUUGAUUACACAGGUGUAAUGCCUGAGGUAUUUCCAUGGCCAUUGCACCGUGUAACAUCGAUUUUUACAACUUCUGUUGCAAUCUUAGCCUUGGCGCCAUUUACAAACUUUCCCCAGUCUCCAACACAGCUGCCCGGCCUCAAUCGUUGCAAAUUUCAGAGAUUGUUACUGCGUGUAACACAUUCC